CUGGUUUGCACCUGUGCCUUCACCCUGCCCAGUUCCUGAGUAGGACAGCAGGCCCGGAAGGCCAAGGCAAACAGCCGGGUUCCUAUGACUGGGUUCCAGCCCCACCCCUGGCACAGGCGUGAAGUUGGGAAGCAUCUGGGCAGCCGCUGUCUAUUCUAUUUAAACGGCCGAGCUGGUCAGAGGGUGCUGGCUGGCCAUGCCAGGCACAGGACGGACUGGCCAGCAUGUCACUCCCGGCGGCUCACCUGGUCGGCCUGCAGCUCUCCCUCUCCUGCUGCUGGGCUCUCAGCUGCCACAGCACAGAGACGUCUGCCGACUUCAGCCUCCCUGGGGAUUACCUCCUGGCAGGUCUGUUCCCUCUACACUCUGACUGUCCGGGCGUGAGGCACCGGCCCACGGUGACCCUCUGUGACAGGCCCGACAGCUUCAACGGUCACGGCUACCACCUCUUCCAGGCCAUGCGGUUUGGCAUCGAGGAGAUAAACAACUCCACGGCCCUCCUGCCGAACGUCACCCUGGGAUACCAGCUGUACGACGUGUGCUCGGAGUCUGCCAACAUGUAUGCCACACUAAACGUGCUCUCCCUGCUGGGGACACAUCACAUAGAGAUCCGAGCAGACCCUUCCCACUAUUCGCCUGCCGCCCUGGCUGUCAUUGGGCCUGACACCACCAACCACGCAGCCACCACUGCAGCCCUGCUGAGCCCCUUCCUGGUGCCCUUGAUCAGCUACGAGGCCAGCAGCGUGACGCUCGGAGUGAAGCGGCAUUACCCCUCGUUUCUGCGCACCAUCCCCAGCGACAAGCACCAGGUGCAGACCAUGGUGCUGCUGCUGCAGAGCUUCGGGUGGGUCUGGAUCUCGGUGGUCGGCAGCGACGGCGACUACGGGCAGCUGGGGGUGCAGGCGCUGGAGGAGCAGGCCACCCAGCAGGGCAUCUGCGUUGCCUUCAAGGACAUCAUCCCCUUCUCUGCCCGGCCGGGCGACGAGAGGAUGCAGGGCAUCAUGCACCACCUGGCCCGAGCGAGGACCACCGUUGUGGUCGUUUUCUCCAGCAGACAGCUGGCCAGGGUGUUCUUUGAGUCCGUGGUGCUGGCCAACCUGACUGCCAAAGUGUGGAUCGCCUCAGAAGACUGGGCCAUCUCUAGACACAUCAGCAAUGUGCCCGGGAUCCAGGGCAUUGGCACGGUGCUGGGUGUGGCCAUCCAGCAGAGGCUUGUCCCUGGCCUGAAGGAGUUUGAAGAGGCCUAUGUCCAGGCAGAUAAGGGGGCCCCUGGGCCUUGCUCCAGGACCUCCGAGUGCAGCAGCAACCAGCUCUGUAGAGAGUGUCGGGCUUUCACGGCAGAGCAGAUGCCCACGCUCGGGGCAUUCUCCAUGAGCUCUGCUUAUAAUGCCUACCGGGCAGUCUACGCAGUGGCCCAUGGCCUCCACCAGCUCCUAGGCUGUGCCUCUGGAGCCUGUUCCAGGGACCGAGUCUACCCCUGGCAGCUUCUGGAGCAGAUCCGCAAGGUGAAUUUCCUCCUACACAAGGACACCGUGAGGUUUAAUGACAACGGGGACCCUCUCAGUGGCUACGACAUAAUUGCCUGGGACUGGAGUGGCCCCAAGUGGAACUUCAGGGUCAUUGGCUCCUCCAUGUGGCCUCCAGUUCAUCUGGACAUAAAUAAAACCAAAAUCCGGUGGCAUGGGAAGGACAACCAGGUGCCAAAGUCUGUGUGCUCCAGCGACUGCCUCGAAGGGCACCAGCGAGUGAUUUCGGGUUUCUACCACUGUUGCUUUGAGUGUGUGCCCUGUGAGGCCGGGAACUUCCUCAACAAGAGCGACCUCCACAGCUGCCAGCCUUGUGGGAAAGAAGAGUGGGCACCUGCGGGAAGUGAAACCUGCUUUCCACGCACCGUGGUGUUUUUGACUUGGCACGAGACCAUCUCUUGGGUGCUGCUGGCAGCUAAUACGUUGCUGCUGCUGCUGGUGACUGGGACUGCUGGCCUGUUUGCCUGGCACUUAGACACCCCUGUGGUGAAGUCUGCUGGGGGCCGACUGUGCUUCUUCAUGCUGGGCUCCCUGGCAGGGGGCAGCUGUGGGCUCUAUGGCUUUUUUGGGGAGCCCACGCUGCCCACAUGCUUGUUGCGCCAAAGCCUCCUUGCCCUGGGUUUUGCCAUCUUCCUGUCCUGCCUGACCAUCCGCUCCUUCCAACUGGUCUUCAUCUUCAAGUUUUCUGCCAAGGUACCCACCUUCUACCGUGCCUGGGUCCAAAACCACGGUCCUGGCCUAUUUGUGGUGAUCAGCUCAAUGGCCCAGCUGCUCAUCUGUCUAACUUGGCUGGCGGUGUGGACCCCACUGCCCACCAGGGAGUACCAGGUCUUCCCUGAGCUGGUGGUGCUUGAUUGCACAGAGGCCAACUCACUGGGCUUCAUGUUGGCUUUCGCCUACAAUGGCCUCCUGUCCGUCAGCGCCUUUGCCUGCAGCUACCUGGGCAAGGACCUGCCAGAGAACUACAACGAGGCCAAAUGUGUCACUUUCAGUCUGCUGCUCAACUUCGUGUCCUGGAUUGCCUUCUUCACCACGGCCAGCGUCUACCAGGGCAAGUACUUGCCCGCGGUCAACGUGCUGGCGGCGCUGAGCAGCCUGAGUGGCGGCUUCAGCGGUUAUUUCCUCCCCAAGUGCUACGUGAUCCUGUGCCGCCCAGAUCUCAACAGCACAGAGCACUUCCAGGCCUCCAUCCAGGAGUACACGAGGCGCUGCGGCUCCACCUGACCAGU